CCCAAGUUGGGUGGCUCAACAAUAGAGGUGCACCUUGAGUGCAUGGCGAAUGGCAGAAACUUGGAAGGUUUUGUUUUGAAGAUGAACAGUGGAUCCCGACACAGACAUUCCCAAUUCUUGAAGAAAAUGGGAAAAGCAAAGUGGACUCCUCCAACUUUGGAUAUGUUGACAUCAACCAUGGCGGAUGAAAAAGAUGGUUCAACCAUGAUUAAGUUGAACACCUCUAAUUACUUUUUGUGGAAGACUUUGAUGGAGGACAAGUUGUUUUGUAAAGACCUCUAUGACCCAAUUGAGCACAAAGGCAUCAAACCUGCAGAAAUUAAUGAUGCUGAUUGGAAAAAGAUUGAUCGCAAAGCUUGUGCCGUAAUCCGUAAAUGGGUUGACAUGAGUGUGAUUCAUCAUGUGGCUCAAGAGAAGGAGUCCUAUAAGUUGUGGACUAAGCUUGAAGGGCUGUUUGAAAGAAAGAAUGCCUUGAAGAAAGCUUCCCUCAUUAGAAAACUAGUCAAUCUCAAGUACAAAGAGGGCAAGAAUGUGUCUGAGCACUUGAAUAAUUUUCAAGAAAUUUUGAAUGAACUAGUUACAGUGAAGUUGGCCAUUGAUGAUGAGGUACAAGCAUUGAUUUUAUUGAGCUCUCUUCUGGAUAGUUGGGAGACUUUGGUGGUAACUUUAAGCAACUCAACAAGAGAUGGGGAGAUGACUCUGCAGCUGGUUAAGGACAGCAUAUUGAGUGAGGAAUCCAGAAGAAAAGAGCAAGGAAUUAUGAGUUCUGAGUCUAAAGCACUGGGGAAGUCCAGAGGUAGAUCAAAAUCCAAGAGCAGAGUGACUUGUUACACUUGUGGAAAGCAAGGUCAUUAUCAAAAGGAUUGUUGGCACAAUAGAGAUAAAAAUGUUAGGAAAAGGGGUGAUACUCAUGAAGAGAAGGAGGCCAAGGAGAACACUGCUGCAAUUACUUCUGAUGGUGAGAUGGGAAACAGAUCCGAAGCCAAGAUUGUGGGUGUUGGUGAUGUUUGGCUUGAAACAAACAUCGGGUCCAAGCUGCACUUGAAAAAUGUGAGACAUGUUCCUGAAAUACGUCUCAAUUUGAUGUCUACGGGUAUGCUAGAUGAUGAUGGCUACAUUAAUUAUUUCGGUAAUGGGACUUGGAAACUCACAAAUGGCACUAUGGUUAUGGCAAGAGGCAAGAAGAGAUUUUUACUCUAUGAAACUCAAGCAAAACAGUGUCAAGGACAGAUCAAUGUUACAGAAGCUGAUGCUAUUGAGUUAUGGCACAAGAGACUUGGGCACUUGAGUGAGAAGGGACUUCAAAUCCUUAGCAAAAAGGAACUCCUACCCGACUUUACAGGCAAAGAAGUAUCCUACAAGCACUUGAGGGUAUUUGGCUGCAGGGCAUAUGUGCAUGUUCCAAAAGAGGAGAGAGCAAAGCUUGAUGCAAAGACAAAACAAUGUGUGUUUUUGGGAUAUGGUGAUGAGGAGUAUGGCUACAGAUUAUGGGACUUGAAAAACAGAAAAUUAAUGAGAACUAGAGAUGUGGUGUUUAUUGAGAAUGAGACGGUUGAAGACUCGAAGAAGCAAGAUGACAGCGAGCACACUCAAGAAAUACCGAACAGUGAUUAUUGCACUCCUUCAACACCCAAACCGAGUGUUAUGAAUGAUGAUCACAAUGAAGUAGAUGAGCAGCAAGUUCAAGAGCCUGUUGUUGAACAUUUUGUUGAAGAAGAAACACACCCAGAAGAGCAAGUGCAACCACCACAGCAACCUCAAGUUAGGAGGUCCACUAGACUUCAUCAACCAUCUCGGAAGUACUCCACUGAUGAGUAUGUGCUCUUGACUAAUGGGGGAGAGCCAGAAACUUAUUAUGAAGCUAUGGAGAGUGAAAACAAGAAGGAAUGGUUGAUGGCAAUGCAAGAAGAAAUGAAUUCUUUGCAAGAGAAUGGGACUUAUGAGCUGGUAGAGCUUCCAAAGGACAAAAAGGCUCUUAACAACAACUUGAAUUUAGAAAUUGAACAGUUGGAUGUUAAGACAGCUUUUCUCCAUGGUGAUCUUGAGGAAGAGAUCUAUAUGAAGCAACCAGAGGGUUUUGAGGUGCAAGGCAAGAAGAAUCUGGUUUGUAAAUUGAAGAAAAGCUUGUAUGGUCUCAAACAAGCUUUGAGGCAAUGGUAUCCAGAUGGUGAUUUCUUGAUACUUUUGCUUUAUGUGGAUGACAUGUUGAUUGUUGGUCAUGACACAAAGAAAAUUGCAGCCUUGUUCAACAUGAGCAAAGCAAAACCUAUGGGAACUCCACUUGCUGGCCAUUUCAAACUUAGCACAGAGCAAUGUCCUACAAGCAAGGAGGAAGCGAAAUACAUGAAGAAUGUGCCAUAUACUUCUGCAGUUGGUAGUCUAAUGUAUGCUAUGGUAUGCACAAGGCCAGAUAUAGCUCACGCAGUGGGGGUAGUCAGCAAAUUUUUAUCUAAUCCUGGCAAGCAACAUUGGGCAGCAGUUAAAUGGAUUUUCAGGUAUCUUAGAGGUACAUCUCACAUGUGCUUAUGUUAUGGUGAGUACGUGAAAAACAGAGUGGGAAAGCAGUGCAGAAAAACAGAGUGAGGUUGAGAGAAAAUCUCCCUUGUUGAUGCUAGAACUUUGAGAGAUUCGGAUUGUGAUCCGAAAUUUGUAAUCCAUUUUCAGUAGUGGAUUGUUUUUCAUUUGGGCAAGUGCCUCAUGGUUUUUCCCAUUUGGGUUUUCCACGUAAAAAUUCUGGUGUCCUCUUUUUAUUUUACUUGAUUGCUUAUUCUGUUCUUGGGUGAUUGAUUGUGUCUUUGAUUGCUUUGAUUCUGGGCAUUGGACCAUUAAAACCACAACAAUAAGUAUAUUUAUGAUCU